AAGGGAAGAUUCCAAAAACACAAGGAAGAGGACAAUCAAAUUGAAUAGCGUAUUUUGUAAGCAUUUCGAGGGUUACGUACCACAAAUCUACAAUUCUUUCUCCUAUAAAUAUAAAAAUUAAAAAUAGGGGAGAGGAAGAGAAAGGUGUGCUGUAUCAAUGGAAGAAGCUAAUAAUAACACAGAAUCUCCCUACAUUUCUUCUAUCUUACCUGGAUGGUUCUCUGAGAUUAGCCCACUUUGGCCUGGGGAAGCACACUCAUUGAAGGUUGAAAAGAUAUUAUUUCAGGGGAAGUCAGAUUACCAAAAUGUCAUGGUUUUUCAGUCAUCAACUUACGGAAAAGUGCUUAGUUUGGAUGGUGUUAUACAACUCACAGAGCGGGAUGAAUGUGCUUACCAAGAAAUGAUCACUCAUCUCCCACUUUGCUCAAUUCCAAACCCCAGAAAGGUGUUGGUUAUUGGAGGAGGUGAUGGUGGUGUCUUGCGUGAGGUGUCUCGGCAUUCUUCUGUUGAACAGAUAGACAUAUGUGAGAUUGACAAGAUGGUAAUUGAUGUCUCUAAACAAUUUUUCCCUAAUGUAGCUAUAGGAUAUGAGGAUCCCCGAGUCAAACUCCAUGUUGGUGAUGGAGUUGCAUUUUUGAAAAAUGUUCCAGAAGGAACUUAUGAUGCAGUUAUAGUGGAUUCCUCUGAUCCCAUAGGUCCAGCACAAGAGUUGUUUGAAAAACCUUUCUUUGAAUCAGUAGCAAGGGCUCUGCGUCGUGGAGGGGUUGUCUGUACUCAGGCUGAGAGCAUAUGGCUUCACAUGCACAUAAUUGAAGAUAUCGUGGCAAACUGCCGCCAGAUCUUCAAAGGCUCUGUCAACUAUGCCUGGACCACAGUUCCUACUUAUCCAAGUGGUGUUAUUGGUUUCAUGGUCUGCUCUACCGAGGGACCUGCGGUUGAUUUCAAGAAUCCAAUUAACCCAAUUGAUGUUGACGAUAGCCACACCAAAACUAGAGGACCCUUGAAGUUCUACAACUCUGAGAUUCACUCUGCAUCGUUCUGUUUGCCUUCUUUUGCAAAGAGGGUAAUUGAAUCCAAAGGAAAAUGAGUCCUUAGUGGAGCAGGAUUUAGCUGUUUUAGAACACUUCAUUUCCCACCCCCCCUAUACAAGAUUAGAACAUCUAGCGUUGGAACUUUUAUGUUUAAUUUGAUACUGCGACUAGGCAGUUGAAUCCAGAGAUGCCUUGCUGAUUUUGUUCUAGUUGUAAUAAUCAUGUUGAGCUCAGUCAUUGAAGAUUUUCUACGGAUUAAUUUCACUUCUUUUCACUCCACUCGCUAUUACAUGAAAAUGUAUCGAGUCCUUUUGGUCAA